UGAUACUAUAUUUAGUUUUAUUUAACAGUCAUGAUAUUUCGUAGAGAAUAAUCUGUUUGAUAUUGAAUUGUUUGAUAUUCAAAUUUGCCUCUUAAAAUAUUAAUACAUUUCUGUUACCUACAUAGGUACAUAUAGCGCUUGUGUACAAUUAGUGGUACAUUCCUGUAUUUAAACGCUCUUAUCACUAAAACUAUUAAUAUUAGUCUACUAUAUAUAUACUAUAAUUCAUAGGACCGUUGUGAACUGGUUAUAUUUUAACGUGCACAUUGCAUUACAUAAAACUUGUCACUAUGCGGUAAACUCAAUCCACGUUAUUUUUUUUGUACGUCCGACUACAUUCUUACGUUAAUUUCUUGUGACAUUUUGCUCCUGUUAUCGUCUUAAGUUUUGCGUUGCAAUUCAUUUUUCACGCGCGGCGUAGCUCACAAUUGUAAAUUCGUUUCGACUGACUAAUAGCAAUGACUACAAUGAUGGAGAUAGAGUCGACCAUGGCUGGCAUGGUGAUCGGCCGCGGCGGCGCCAAGAUUAAGAGCAUUCAAAAGGAAACCGGUGCGGUUAUCAAGAUCAUCGACGGCGUAUCUUAUGACAAGCGGAUUGUGAGAAUAACCGGCUCCGAGGAUUCACAACGCAAAGCAUUGAACAUGAUCUCGUCGAUCACCAACUGCAAUGUAGGAUCGGUACAGAUCAAUGCGCCUUCAUCAUCGUCGCAGAAGAAGCCUCGCCAGGUCCGUCGCGAACAAUCACCACCUGAACAGUUGCGCCUCACCGCCGAGCAGUGGGCCGAAAUUGAAUCCGAAGCCGAAGAGAUUAUGCAAAAGGAAAUGGAGUCAUAUCCGGUAAUCAAGAAGGAUUUUUAUGUGGAACACCCAGAUAUUACCGCAUUGAGCGAUAUUGAGGUAAGUGAUUUCAGGCAUCACAAAAACUGCAUCUUGGUAGAGUAUGUGGAAGAUGCUAGUAAUUCUCAGACAAUACCAAAACCAGUAAAAACAUUUCAACACGCUUUCCAUGCAUUCCCAGAAAUUCUAAAGGUCAUCAACAAACAGAGCUUCGUGGAGCCAUCACCAGUGCAGUGUCAAGCAUGGCCAAUCAUUAUGAGCGGACAUGAUCUUAUUGCCAUCGCCCAGACAGGUUCAGGAAAGACGUUGGCAUACAUAUUGCCAGCUUUAAUUCAUCUAGUUCGACAGCCAGUGGAACGCCAUUUGCGCAUUGGUCCAUCUGUUGUGAUUUUAGGUCCGACCAGAGAGCUUGUGCAACAAAUUGAGGUUGAAACUAAAAAGUAUGUGUAUGACAAUAUUCAUGUUAUGAGUAUUUAUGGUGGAGUUGAUGUGAAUGAUCAGAUUAAUACUCUUGAUGAUGUUAAGCCAGAUAUCAUAAUAGCUACUCCUGGAAGACUCAACGAUUUGGUUAGCAUAAUGGCAAUUAAACUAAAUCAUGUUUCGUACUUAGUUCUUGACGAAGCAGAUCGUAUGUUAGAUAUGGGCUUCCAAAAUCAAAUUGAAUUGGCAUUGCGACAUAUACGUAGUGAUAGGCAAACUAUUUUAACCAGUGCUACUUGGCCAGAAACUGUUAAAAAGCUUGCCAAUUAUUAUACUACAAAUCCACUACAUAUAACUAUUGGUUCGUUUGAUUUAACUACUGUGAGUACAGUAAAACAAAAACUCGUUAUGCUUAAAGAAAAUAAAAAAGAAAUCUGGUUGGACAAGUACAUGGAAAAACAAUUUCCAAAGGAUUAUAAAGUUAUUAUAUUUAUGCGCAAAAAAAUAUCUGUUGAUAAACUUUAUACAAAGUUCCAACAAAAAAAUAUUAACUGCAGGUGUAUACAUAGCGGAAGAUUACAAACAGAUCGGGAUUCUUCAUUAGCUGAUAUACGUAGUGGCAUUGUACCCAUAUUGAUUGCUACAGAUGUGGCAUCCAGAGGAUUAGAUAUCAAGGAUCUUAACUUGGUAAUCAACUAUGAUUUCCCAUUAAACAUUGAAGAAUAUGUUCAUAGAGUAGGCAGGACUGGCAGAGCUGGGAAAUAUGGUGAAGCUAUCACUUUAUUUUCUGACCGAGAUAAACAACAUGCUGCUGCCCUCAUUAAUAUUUUAGAAAAAUCCAAACAAUUAGUUCCUCCAGAGCUGUAUGAGAUGGCAAAUAAAAUGAACAUUUAAGAAAAAUUUAGUGUAUAUUCACUAAAAACUGUAUUCAUAAAACUAAGAAUUUUUUAUAAUAAUAAUAAUAAUAAUAAUG